GGCACCUACAAACUCAUAAAUACCACGGCAGCGCUGGCGGCUGGAGAGGCGCAUUCGGGCAGCCGGCGCCCUGGAGGCCCCCUACCAUGUGCUCCCUUCUGGGCUUGGGCUUCCGGUGCUGUCUGCUCCUGCUAUUCUCGUCUGGAGUCCAGGGGGCCCCAGGGACUCUCAGUGCUGCCCCAGAGCAAGUCCAUCUGUCUUACCCAGGUGAGCCUGGCUCCAUGACUGUAACCUGGACCACAUGGGUCCCAACCCGCUCUGAAGUGCAGUUUGGGAUGCAGCUGGCAGGGCACCUGCCCCUCCGGGCCCAGGGCACCUUCAGCACCUUUGUGGAUGGGGGUUUGCUCCGGAGAAAGUUCUACAUCCACCGAGUCACACUGCGGGGCUUGCUGCCCGGGGCCGAGUAUGUUUACCGCUGUGGCAGUGCCCAGGGCUGGAGCCGUCGGUUCCGCUUCAGAGCCCUUAAGAGUGGGGUGCACUGGAGCCCCCGUCUGGCUGUGUAUGGGGACCUGGGAGCUGACAACCCGAAGGCCCUGCCCCGGCUGCGGAGGGACACCCUGCAGGGCAUGUAUGAUGCCGUUCUCCAUGUGGGAGACUUUGCCUACAACAUGGAUCAGGACAACGGCCGUGUUGGGGACAGGUUCAUGCAGCUCAUUGAGCCCGUGGCUGCCAGCCUGCCGUACAUGACAUGCCCUGGGAAUCAUGAAGAACGAUACAACUUCUCUAACUACAAGGCCCGGUUCAGCAUGCCAGGAGACAAUGAAGGCCUGUGGUACAGCUGGGAUCUGGGUCCAGCCCACAUCAUCUCCUUCUCCACCGAGGUGUAUUUCUUUCUCCAUUACGGCCGCCACCUGGUAGAGAAGCAGUUUCACUGGCUGGAGAGUGACCUCCAGAAAGCCAAUAAGAACCGGGUAGCCCAGCCCUGGAUCAUCACCAUGGGCCACCGGCCCAUGUACUGCUCCAACGCAGAUUUGGAUGACUGCACGUGGCAUGAGAGCAAGGUCCGCAAAGGCCUCCAAGGCAAGCUGUUUGGGCUGGAGGAUCUUUUCUACAAAUAUGGAGUGGACCUGCAGCUGUGGGCUCACGAGCACUCCUAUGAGCGGCUGUGGCCGAUUUACAACUACCAGGUAUUUAAUGGCAGCCAAGAGACGCCCUACACCCACCCACGAGGCCCUGUCCACAUCAUCACAGGUUCUGCGGGUUGUGAGGAGCGGCUCACCCCCUUUGCUCUCUUCCCGAGGCCCUGGAGUGCUGUGCGGGUGAAGGAGUAUGGGUAUACGCGGCUGCACAUCCUGAAUGGGACCCACGUCCACAUCCAGCAGGUGUCUGAUGACCAGGAUGGGAAGAUUGUGGAUGACGUCUGGAUAGUGAGACCCCUGCAUGGCCGGAGGAUGUACCUCUAGGGAUAUGGGCAACUGUCGUCAGGAACUCUAGGCCUUGUAAUCUUGGUUGGUGGGACCAGUCACUGCCCAGGCCUCAGUGGAGAGUUGAGGCGGGUCCCGAUUUCUUUGCCCUGCAGAGGCCCCAUGGGGUGGAUGCAGCCCUGAUGAAGCAUGGGCAGCUCUCCCUCCUGGAGAGGUGGGAGCCCUGGCUGGCUGUGGAGGAAGGGCAGGUGUGCAGGUACAUAGUGAUACAUGGCAUGUCCCUAGUGGCACAGUCCCACCCUCCUGCAUAGCACUGACUGGGUAGGAUGCCCAUAGAGCUUCAGGAAUAAAGAGGCUUACAGCUGUGCCUCUGUGGAUCCUGAACUUAGGCCCGGUUGCCCCUGGGCUGCCUCAUCUCCUGGCCAGGGGCAUCACCAUCCUAGUCAGCAAAGUGGAUGCAACAAUCAUGACACCACUCACCAGCAGGUGGCGCCGGGGCUUUUUCUUCUGAUUCUGGUCCUCAGAGUCAGUUUGAAGCCUGGCUCCUUGUGGUUCAAGGAGAUUAUCUCUUUGUGCCUCAGUUUUCCAGCCUGGCAUUGUCUUAUCCGGGAGGAUGGGAAGUGUUAACACUCUUGCCUCUCAGUUUGGAGCAGCUGACAAGCCUUAGGAGCUCACAGACUUGCCAGAUUCUUCCCUCUUUCCUUCUUUUCCUUCUUUCUCUUUCCCUUCUUCCUUUUAUUUAUUUAAUCAUUAUUUAUUGAGUGUCUAACAUGUUCCGGGCCUUAUUUUCAGUACUGGGAAGACAGCCAUGAACAAGACAGGAUCUCUGCCCUAUGGAGCUGAUAUCCUAACCAGGUGGUUAGACAAUGACCAUGAUAAAUACGUAGAUUAAAGAGCAAUAAGUGCUCAGAAAAGGCAGGGGCAGGAAGAGGGGAGCAGUGGCAAUUUUCACAUAGAUGGUCAGGGUGACCUCACUGAGAGGGUGACAUUUGAUCUGAAAGCAAACCAAGUGGGAAAACAUCUGGGAAGAGCAUUCCAGGUAGAGGAACAGCUGGUGCAAAGCCCUAAGACAGAAACUUGCCUGUUGGCCAGGCAUGGUGGCUCAUAUCUGUACUCCUAGCACUCUGGGAGGCUGAGGUGGGUAGAUAGCCUGAGCUCAGGAGUUUGAGUCCAGCCUGAGCAACAGUAAGUCCCCCAUCUCUAAAAAUCGUUGGGCAUCAUGGUGGACACCUGUAGUCCCAGCUACUAGGGAGGCUGAGGCAAGGGGAUCUCUUGAACCUAAGAGUUUGAGGUUGCUGUGAGCUGUGAUGCCACAGUACUCUAGCCUGGACAACAAAGUGAGACUCUGUCUCAAAAAAAGAAAAGUAAAAAGAAACAAGCCUACCCUGUUGGAGUGUCCCCUAGGCAGCCAGUGUGGUUAGAGAAGAGAGAGUGAAAGGAGAUUGAGGUGGAGGGUAGGGAGGUGACGGGAAUGGAUUGUAUGGAGCCUUGUGGGCCACCGUGAGGGCUUCUGACGGAGCCGCGGGGAGGCUCUGUACAGGUGGAGGAUGUGAGGAGUCUGAGGCAGAGAA